AUGUCCCAGAAGUUACUACCUUUAUCAAGGUUACACUCAAUAAAUAACUUUAAUUUUUUUUUCCAAAACACCAAAAGAAGUUUACAAUUAAAUCAAAAUUUUAUAAAUAAUCAAUUUUUAAGUAGGAAAAUUCUAGUACCGACUUUUAAACUGGUACAUUCACAUUCCUCAACUAAUAAUGGAAAUCAUAAUCCUUCAUCAGUUAUAGAGAAUGUUGCUUCAAAAGUGCUAACAUGUCAAGAUGCAGACGCAAAACUGUCUCAAAGUUUUGAUGAUACUUCCAAAAUUCCUUUCAAAUUCACCCCAAAAUCACCCUCAGUUCCUUCAAAGUCAAUCAAAGCUAAAGCAACACUAAAAGAAGAAAUCAAAUCAUAUAUCAAAUUAACUAAACCCAAUUUAACAAUGUUAGUAACAUUAAGUUGUAUAUGUUCGUACGCUAUAUCUCCAUUAAGUGUUUCAGUUCAAGAAUUAAUGUUUUUAACAGCUGGAACAGCAUUAUGUUCCGGUGCAGCAAAUGCAAUAAAUAUGGGAAGAGAACCUGAUUUUGAUAGACAAAUGCCAAGAACAGUUGGAAGACCAAUAGUAAGAGGAUUAAUAACUCCUAAUCAAGCUUAUAAUUUUGCUGCAAUAAUUGGGUCAAUUGGGUGUACUAUGUUAUGGUUUGGAGUAAACCCAAUUGUUUCAUUACUAGGUUUUUUUAAUAUAGUACUUUAUGCUUGGAUUUAUACAUCAAUGAAAAGGAAAUCAAUCAUAAAUACAUGGGUAGGUGCAAUUGUUGGAGCUAUACCACCUUUAAUGGGUUGGGCUGCAUCAUCUUCAUUAUUACAUCCAGGAGCCUGGUGUUUAGCUGGAUUACUUUAUGCAUGGCAAUUUCCACAUUUUAAUGCAUUAUCUCAUAAUAUAGCACAACAAUAUAAACUGGCUGGAUAUGUUAUGGCAGCAGCAGAAAAUCCUAAAUUAAACGCGAGAGUAGCAUUGCGAUAUUCCAUAUUGAUGUUUCCUUUAUGUUUUGGUUUAAGUUAUUUUGGAAUUACUGAUUGGGUUUUCCCAUUUGAUUCUGCUAUUGCAAAUGGUUGGUUAACUUAUUUAGCAUUUCAAUUUUGGCAACAACAACAAAGAAAUCAUGGAAACGGCAGUGGACCAAGUAAACAAGGUAUAGCAUUGGCGGGAGUUCAUGCAAAGAAAUUAUUUUGGUGUUCUGUUUGGCAUUUACCAGCUGUUUUAAUAUUAGCAAUGUUGCAUAAGAAAGAUCAGUGGAAUAGACUUUACAACUAUCUAUCCUUUUAA